GGCGUCUCGAGGCUGCGGGCUGCCGGCGCUCGGGAGCGUGGGGGUUUGCGGCCUUGGCGCAGCCGGUCCAGCCGCGCACUCCCUGAGCAGCGAGGCGCAUCUGGCCGAGCCUCCCCGGGCCGGGCAGCGUGGCCAUGGAGAAUCAGGUGCUGACGCCGCACGUCUACUGGGCUCAGCGACACCGCGAGCUGUAUCUGCGCGUGGAGCUCAGCGAUGUGCAGAAUCCUGCCAUCAGCAUCACUGAAAAUGUGCUACAUUUCAAAGCUCAGGGACAUGGUGCCAAAGGAGACAAUGUCUAUGAAUUUCAUCUGGAGUUCUUAGAUCUUGUGAAGCCAGAGCCGGUUUACAAACUGACCCAGAGGCAGGUAAACAUUACAGUACAGAAGAAGGUGAGUCAGUGGUGGGAGAGACUCACCAAACAGGAGAAGCGUCCACUGUUUUUGGCCCCUGAUUUUGAUCGCUGGCUGGAUGAGUCUGAUGCAGAAAUGGAGCUCAGAGCCAAGGAAGAAGAACGUCUAAAUAAACUCAGAAUUGAAAACCAAGGCUCCCCUGAAACUCUUACAAGUCUGAAGAAAGGAUAUCUGUUCAUGUAUAAUCUUGUGCAGUUCUUGGGAUUCUCUUGGAUGUUUGUCAACAUGACAGUGCGGUUCUUUAUCUUGGGAAAAGAGUCCUUCUAUGACACAUUCCACACCAUGGCUGACAUGAUGUAUUUCUGCCAGAUGCUGUCAGUGGUAGAAACUAUCAAUGCAGCAAUUGGAGUCACUAAAUCACCAGUGGUACCUUCUCUUAUUCAGCUUCUCGGAAGAAAUUUCAUUUUGUUUAUCAUCUUUGGGACCAUGGAAGAAAUGCAAAACAAAGCCGUGGUCUUCUUUGUGUUUUACAUGUGGAGCACAAUUGAAAUUUUCAGGUAUCCCUUCUACAUGCUUUGCUGCAUUGACAUGGAUUGGAAGGUACUCACAUGGCUUCGUUACACUGUGUGGAUUCCCAUCUAUCCUCUGGGAUGUUUGGCAGAAGCUGUCUCUGUGAUCCAGUCCAUUCCAGUAUUCAAUGAAACAGGAAGAUUCAGUUUCACAUUGCCAUAUCCAGUGAAAAUCAAAGUUAGAUUUUCCUUUUUUCUUCAGAUUUAUCUUAUAAUGUUAUUUUUAGGGUUAUACAUAAAUUUCCGUCAUCUUUAUAAACAGCGCAGGCGGCGCUAUGGACAAAAAAAGAAAAAGAUCCAGGCUUACCUGUGUAGGCACUUGGAGAGGCACAGAAUGAUUUGAGAGAAACCAGUCAGAACAUUGGAACACCAUGAUUACUUACAUCAUUCCUAGCUAAAUCAGAACUAUUUUCAACACUCAAGAAAGAUGAAACAUUUCUUAGAAAACAAUGAGUAUAAGAGUUCCAAACCCAAAUGGCUGUAGGGGUCAGUAAAACAGCUGCUGGCGAUGCAGUCUGAAGCAAACUGGAAACAGGCCAGACCAAACACACCUUCGGAAAAAAAUCUAGACAUUGUGAAGUUUGGCCACUGUGAAAAACAUCAGUUUCCUCUAACGCAUUCCAAGUAAACCAAGUAAAUAAGUGUUAGAAGUAACGCUUGUAUUAAAGAAUCUAAGGCAUUAUAGCUUUUUCUUGUGCCAUUCCCAUUGUUCCUGGGGAAAGGAGAUUCAAUGAGUUAUGUUGUUUUUCUGAGCCUAAGAUGGAAAUUGGUUUGACCUAAAAACAUCUGAUUAGCAUAGGCUGGCUGAUUAUUUUGUAAGUUCAUUGCACUGAAGGAUAUUUUGCAUGUCUGUAAACUUGUCACUACCUGUUUGUAUUAACUUCUGAUGUUCUUUCAGCUUACUUUCUAUGUGUAAUUGGGCAGAUCAGCUUUGCAGUAGAUUAAUGCUGCAUCUUUGUGGCAGAAUCUUGUGUUCUUAGUGAUUGUUAUAAACCUGUUCAUUGCUAUUUGAAAAAGGAAGAUUGUGUAUUUCUAUUAAACAUUUACAAUCAAA